GGUGCAUACAUCUUAGAAAUGAGUUCGAUACUUUAUGACAUUGGUAAAUUGGUAUAACAUACAUAAUAUACGUGAAAGGCUAAACACAGAUAAAGAUGGUCUUACUUCGAGCACCUCUUCUAUCAUACGGAUAUUGGCUUGGGAAAAGUCACAGCUCAAAAAGCUGCUAAAAGGAAAUCGAUUGCAAAAGAUUGAGCAGAAUGACAAAACAUUCAGGUAUAAUCCACCGUACAAACAAGCCAAAACAAACGCAAGAACAAAUAUUCCUAAAAUGUGUCAACUAGUGAUAUUUGUUAACUAAACUUGGGUGAAGGUUAUUAUUACUUGGGUAACUUACCAGUUGCUGAUCAUCUAAAUAGAUCAAGAACGGACACUUAGUAAACAAUUUCUUAGAAGCUACGUUUUACGAUCAAUUGUUUGCUAAUAAUGGACCGUCCAAGUGGCCGCCCUGUUCGCCAGAUCUAACAGUCUUGGAGUACUUUAUAUGGAGGACAAUAAUAAAUAUUGUAUACCAGAACCCACUGACCACUCUAGAUGACUGUCAGCACAGAGUCAGAAAUGCAUUUGCUAGUUUGAGUCCGGAAAUCAUAAGAACUGCCACUCAUCAGUACGUAGAUGUUUUAAAUGUUUGGAAGUUACGGGUGGACAUUUUGAACAUUUACCAAAAUAAGUUGUUUCUUGUUAUGUUUUAAUUUUGUUUUAUAAUAG